CCAAUCCAAAAUGGCAGCCCCCAUGAAAUAUUUUUUAAAGUGUUAAAAAAUCCUUAUUAUAGGAUUUGUCUGGGUGUCGUGACGAAAACAUGAUACCAUGUACAAGAUGAAUCAACGUUUUUAACAUUUCGUCUGGGAUUUCGAAUCCUUUAUUCAGCGAUCAUGGCGGGAAAGAUAAAAAUAUUGAGUGCUGAAGAACUUAUUAAAAGACGUAAAGUGGCAGAUCAAGAACUACCUCAAAGAAGUGGAGGAGUCCAAAAAGAAUUUGCACCUGAUGGCUCAUGGCUUCAAGAAAAACGAAUAGAAAAGUAUUAUGAAGAUAGACAAGAUCUCUUGAAUGAAGAGCGUGUUGAAAAAUUAGGAUUGUUGGCAAGGGCCCAUUGGAAUCCUGCAAAUAAGAUUGUUGAACUAGAAAAACAAGUGAAAUUCUGGCAGCAUGUCGGGUAUGUAGAAGAUGGGAAGUUGCUAUUAUAUCCUGAGGAGGCUGUAUUCCUCAUGGAAAUGGGCAACUUAGAAAUUGUGUAUAAUGAUGUUCCAAUGAGUCUACAGCAGGCAUAUUCUACUCUCUUGGCUGAAGAGCAUUCUGAAGACAAAUACCUGGUGUAUUCACAUCUUUGUAGAAUGGGAUACUUGGUACAUAGAUACUCACAUAGACCUGACAUUACAUUAUAUGAAAGACUAAUUGGAUUAACUGACUCUACAACAAAGAAACGGAAAAACAAACAAAAUACAAACAAAGAUUCUAAGAAAUGCAAGAAUUCAGAAGAAAAGAAUGAUACUGAUAAAGUUAUAAAAAACAGUGAUGUGCAAAUGAAGGAUGACAAAGUGGAAACAAAGGAAAUGAAAUGUGAUGCAAUUUUAAAUAAUGAUAAACGAACCCGAGUGAACACUGAUUAUAAUGUACCUAAUAGUACUGAUGAUGUUCAAAUGGAUGACACACCUCAUAUUGAUCAUCUGAUUGAUUCCAAUAUAGCAAAAGUACAAAAAACACAAAUAUCAGCCUCUAUUGAUAAGGCCAGGAGUAGUAAGGAUACUAUGAGAACUGAUCCACAUCUGUUUAUCUGGGACUAUGAAAAUAUUCACCCAUUCCCAAAUAUUGCUGGCAAAGGAAAUUGCAUAGAAAUAACUAACUGUUCCCCAGAAUUCCUACCUCCUGAUUUAGAAUUUAAUACUGAAUCAACAAUCUUAAAUCUUGAAAAGUUAACAAUAUGGCCAAAAAAGUUAACUGCGAAACAGUUACAGUUAGAAGAAAGAAAAAAAUCAAGACAAGCUAGACAGCGUGAUUUAGAAGCAUCUAAUACUGUGCUUCAAUUCUCAUUCCCUCAGAUGGCGGGAGUUGUUAGAAAGUCGACAAAUUGUAGAUGUUGGAGUGAGUAUAAACUCGAACCCAAGAAAUGUAAAAAGGAGACUGAUCUUGAGGAGUUGAAGGGGUCUCCAGGAGGACCCCUUUGGAAAGGUGAUGUGGUCCCCCUUGUCAGACCAAGUAAUGCUAGAUCCACAGCAUCAAUCCUUGGUCGACUAAAGGUAGUUGAAAAUAUCCAUUUUUCUAACAUGAAUUGCAGUGUGACGGAUGCCCCUAAAAUCAGCUUUGAUGUCUACCUACCUUCCUUGCAAUAUAAGAAGUCUAAUCCUGGACUGCCCAAUCACAGGAUAGUUGUCACCAGGGUUGAAGAUCCACCACCAGAUUUGGCCAUACUUAGUUCUUUACACCAGACAAAAGAUGGCGUACCUCUCCACUGGGCUGUCAUAGAUAGCGGGGAUGUAUCAUUCUUCUCAUUUAAUGAUGUAUCACUUGGACAAGACAUUUAUAUGGGAUAAGUGCACAGCUUUACUUGGAGAAAAGGAGGUUAGAGUGUCUAGGAAGACAGCAUUUCAACCUUGGUUUGUUAGUAGUGUCAUAAGACUGGACACUUACAUUAAAUAAGGACACAGUUUGAAGACUAGUGAUACUGGUAACUGGACAUUUUUUUCUACUGGACAUUUGUUUUGUAUAGGAUAAGUACUCAGCUUAAAAGCUUGUGUCUUAGAGAUGGAACAUUUGUAUGGAUGAAAUAAAAAGUAUGCUUAAGUUGAAGGGUAGCCUCUCUGGGUUGACGCAAUGGACACAUGAGUAAGAGAUAAAGUCAGUAAUUAAUUUUGGAAGAUUAUGUAACAAAU